AUGGCAUUUGGAGGUGGCCGUGGUGGACGCGGAGGACCACCCCGCGGAGGACGUGGAGGCCCUCGUGGAGGCGGUCGAGGUGGUGCUAGAGGCGGAUUAGGUGCUAGAGGCGGCCGUGGAGGCAGUCGUGGAGGCCCUCGCGGAGGUGGCAGAGGCGGCGCCGGUAGGGGAGGACGCGGCGGAGGUCGUGGUGGAAAGCCUGGUGCCAAGGGCGGCGCGAGGGUUAUCAUUGAACCCCAUCGCCACGCGGGUGUCUUCGUCGCGCGAGGCGGCAAAGAAGAUCUUCUAGUCACCAAGAACUUGACUCCGGGAGAAGCUGUCUAUGGCGAAAAGCGUAUCUCUGUCGAAUCCCCUGCGACCGUCGACGGCGAAAACACCACUACCAAGGUUGAGUACCGCGUUUGGAAUCCUUUCCGCAGCAAGUUGGCCGCCGGUAUUCUCGGUGGUUUAGAUGAGAUCUUCAUCAAACCCGGUGCUAAAGUGCUCUAUCUUGGCGCUGCCAGUGGUACAUCCGUCAGUCAUGUCGCCGAUAUCGUCGGACCCACUGGAACUGUUUACGCUGUCGAAUUCUCCCACCGUUCCGGACGUGAUCUGAUCGGCAUGGCCACCCACCGCACAAAUGUUAUCCCCAUUGUCGAGGACGCACGACAUCCACUCCGCUACAGAAUGCUCGUUGGAAUGGUAGACGCUAUUUUCGCUGAUGUUGCUCAACCCGAUCAGGCCCGUAUCGUUGGGUUGAAUGCUCACCUGUUUUUGAAAGCCGGCGGUGGAAUCAUCGUCAGUAUCAAGGCCAACUGUAUUGACAGCACGGCAAAGGCCGAAGUCGUCUUUGCCAGAGAAGUUCAGAAACUGAGAGAAGAAAGAAUAAAACCGAAAGAACAGUUGACUCUUGAACCUUUUGAGCGUGAUCACUGUAUAGUUGUUGGCGUCUACCGGCCAUCUUGA